AGCGGGGAGCGAAGGGGGAGAAGAAACAGAAAUAUUUAAUCAGUUACAAGGAUUUCCUUUGAUUCGCGGCGGUUUUUUUUUUGCUUCACUCCCUUCACCGGGAGGUUGUAGAAGAUGGGAAAGGAACGAUGAGGAGUGUGACAGGGUGCAGCUAACUGACUGAAUCAUGGCUCAGUUUCCCACGCCCUUUGGAGGGGGGCUGGACACGUGGGUUAUCUCUGUGGACGAGAGAGCCAAACAUGAUCAACAGUUCCACAGCCUGACCCCCACGCCUGCUGGCUUCAUCACAGGUGACCAGGCCAAGAACUUUUUCCUGCAGUCAGGCUUGCCUGCCCCUGUUCUGGCACAGAUAUGGGCUCUGGCCGAUAUGAACAACGACGGCAAAAUGGACAUGCACGAGUUCUCCAUCGCUAUGAAGCUCAUCAAGCUGAAGCUGCAGGGCCACCCGCUCCCCCCGGCCCUGCCCCCUUCCAUGAAGCAGCCGCCCCUCUCUUUACCUCCUCCAGCUCCUUUCGGAAUGCCCAGUAUGGGCCCCAUGACGGGUUUACCAGCAGUGCCACCCAUGCCCCUCCCACCUCUUCCUCCCGGGGUACCCGGGAUGGGCAUGUCGCCCCCACUGGUGUCAUCUGUGACUCCUCCUGUACCUCCUAUGGCCAAUGGAGCCCCUUCGAUGAUGCAGCCCAUAUCAGGCUUUACGCACCCAGCUACAUCUGUCAACAAAAGCUCUUCUUUCAAUCGCUCCAGUGUCAAACUUCCCAAAGGCCAGUCUUUCGAGACACCCAGUGCUCCUGCGGCCCCUGUACCCACCGACUGGGCCGUGCCACAGUCAUCACGUCUCAAGUAUCGACAACUCUUCAACAGUCACGAUAAGAUGAUGAGCGGCCACCUUACAGGACCACAAGCUAGAACUAUUCUCAUGCAGUCCAGUCUGCCACAGGCCCAGCUGGCUACCAUUUGGAACCUAUCAGACAUCGAUCUGGACGGAAAGCUCACAGCCGAGGAGUUCAUUUUGGCCAUGCACUUGAUCGACAUGGCCAUGUCUGGGCUGCCCCUCCCACCUCUGCUGCCGCCUGACCUUAUUCCCCCGACCUUCAGGUUGGAGAGGGUGCGCUCGGGGAGUGGUGUUGGUACGGCCUUACACCCUGCAGAUCAGCGAGUCCAAGAGGAGCCGGUAGAAGAAGAAGAGAAAGAGGCAGAGAAAAAGCUUCCAGUCACCUUUGAGGACAAGAAGCGGGAGAACUUCGAGCGGGGCAACCUGGAGCUGGAGAAGCGACGACAGGCCCUGCUGGAGCAGCAGCGUAAGGAGCAGGAGCGCCUGGCCGCCCUAGAGCGCGAGGAACAGGAGCGGAAGGAGCGGGAACGCCUGGAGCAGGAGCGGCGUCGACAGCAGGAGCUCGAGAAGCAGUUGGAAAAGCAGCGAGAGCUGGAGAGACAGCGUGAAGAGGAGCGGCGCAAGGAGAUCGAGAGGAGAGAGGCCGCUAAGCGGGAACUAGAACGGCAGCGGCAGCUGGAGUGGGAGAGAAACCGCAGGCAGGAGCUACUGACUCAGCGAAACCGGGAACAGGAGAACAUCGUCCUGCUUAAAGCGCGCAAGAAAACCCUGGAGUUUGAACUGGAAGCUUUGAAUGAUAAGAAGUCUCAGCUGGAAGGGAAGCUGCAGGACAUACGUUUCCGUCUCUCCACACAGAGGCAGGAGAUCGAGACCACCAAUAAGACGCGGGAGCUGCGUAUCGCCGAGAUCACCACGCUGCAGCAGCAGCUACAGGAAUCUCAGCAGUGGCUUGGGAGGCUGAUCCCGGAUAAACAGUGUCUGAAUGACCAGCUGAAGCAGGUGCAGCAGAACAGCCUACACAGAGACUCGCUUUCCAACCUGCAGAAGGCUGUGGAGAUGAAGGAGGCGACCAGGCAACAACUCCGCGAGCAGCUUGAAGCCGUGGAGAAAGAAACACGCUCCAAACUUUUGGAGAUAGACGCGUUUAAUUCACAGCUGAAGGAGCUCAGGGAGAUCCACAACAAGCAACAGCGGCUAAAGCAAAAGGACUUGCAGCCUCCACUGGAUUCCAAACCUCCAGAGCUGCAGGAGGGUGGCAGACUUGCGGGUUCCAAUGAGAGGGCGUCUCCUGCCUGGCGGGAUUCAACGUUAGCGAAGGAGCCGACACCGCCAGCCUCCGAGCCCUGGGUCAGCCACCUGGGAGAGGACGAGAGCCAUAGCUCUAGAGGAGAUGUGCAGGACAAACAGUCCAAGCUGUUCCUGCAGCAGCCAGAGCCAAACAAACAGCUGGGGCAAUCACCCUGGCCCACAGGAGAUAAGGUGGCAGUGUCUGGUUUUAACCAGGACAAGGUAAGAGUGGUGUACUACAGAGCGCUUUACCCUUUCGAGGCCCGCAGUCACGAUGAGAUCAGCAUUCAGCCCGGGGACAUAGUCAUGGUGGACGAAUCUCAGACAGGGGAACCCGGCUGGUUAGGAGGCGAGAUCAAAGGAAAGACCGGCUGGUUUCCCGCUAACUAUGCAGAGAAGAUUCCAGAAUCCGAAGUCCCUCUCAAUCUGAGAGCCAGCGCUUUCACGUCCAAACUGAGUGCACACAUCACCCCUACCCCCACCUCGACCACACCCGCAACCUUGCCGCCGCCCACCACAGAGACUGCGGUUCCGGCUCCACCCCCGACAGUUACACCCGCUCCAGCUGCUACGUCCUCAUCUUCAUCUGCUUCUAGUAACUGGGCAGAUUUCAGCACUACAUGGCCGACGAACUCAGCGGUGGAAAAACAAGACGCUGAUGGGUGGGAGGCGUGGCCAACCCAACCGACACAGCCGUCUUUGUCUGUGCCAACCGGAGGGCAAGGCCGACAACGCUCAGCAUUCACUCCUGCCACUCUGUCUGGCUCCUCCCCCUCACCUGUGCUCGGACAGGGAGAGAAGGUGGAGGGGAUGCAGGCUCAAGCUCUGUACCCGUGGCGGGCGAAGAAGGACAACCACCUAAACUUCAACAAGAACGACGUGAUCACUGUACUGGAGCAGCAGGACAUGUGGUGGUUUGGCGAAGUGCAGGGGCAGAGAGGCUGGUUCCCCAAAUCUUACGUCAAGCUCAUCUCUGGACCCGUGCGCAAGUCGAUGAGUAUCGAGUCAGGAUCCUCUGAUAGUCCACCCACUAUAAAGAGGCCCAGUCCUACGCCUAGCAAACCGCUGGAGCUUGGCGAAGAGUACAUAGCGAUGUACACAUAUGAAAGCAGCGAGCAGGGUGACCUUACGUUCCAGCAGGGUGAUGUCAUCACAGUGCUGAAGAAAGAGGGGGAUUGGUGGACGGGAACAGUAGGAGGCAAGACGGGUGUUUUCCCAUCCAAUUACGUCAAGCCCAAGGACUCUGAGGGUCUGGGUCCUGCUGGGAAAUCUGGAAGUUUGGGAAAGAAACCAGAGAUCGCUCAGGUAAUUGCCCCCUACACUGCUACUGGGUUAGAGCAGCUGACUUUAGCACCUGGCCAGCUCAUCCUUAUCCGCAAGAAGAACCCCGGGGGCUGGUGGGAGGGAGAACUGCAGGCCAGAGGAAAGAAGCGUCAGAUUGGCUGGUUCCCGGCUAAUUAUGUGAAACUCCUAAGCCCAAGUACCAGUAAGACCACGCCCACUGAGCCAACUCCGCCCAAACUGCCCACACCAAAUGCAGUAUGCCAGGUGAUCGGCAUGUACGACUACACGGCUCAGAAUGAUGACGAGUUGCCCUUCGGAAAGGGGCAGAUCAUCAACGUGCUCAGCAGGGAGGACCCCGACUGGUGGAAAGGCGAAUUAAACGGCUCCAUCGGCCUUUUCCCUUCCAACUACGUCAAACUGACCACCGACACAGACCCCAGCCAACAAUGGUGUGCCGACCUCCACCUGCUGGAUAUGUUGACCCCGAUGGAGAGGAAAAGGCAGGGCUACAUCCACGAGCUCAUCAUCACCGAGGAGAACUACGUCAACGACCUGCAGUUAGUCACCGAGACGUUCCAGAAGCCUCUGCUGGAGUCCGAGUUGCUAACUGAGAAGGAGGUGGCUAUGAUCUUUGUUAACUGGAAGGAGCUCAUCAUGUGCAACAUCAAAUUGCUUAAGGCGUUGCGGGUAAGAAAGAAAAUGUCAGGCGAGCACAUGCCUGUGAAGAUGAUCGGUGACAUACUGACGGCACAACUGCCCCACAUGCAGCCCUAUAUCCGCUUCUGCAGCUGCCAGCUCAACGGCGCUACCCUCAUCCAGCAGAAGACAGACGAGGUGCCCGACUUCAAGGACUUUGUCAAGAGGUUAGCCAUGGAUCCUCGCUGUAAAGGAAUGCCUUUGUCUAGUUUCCUGCUGAAACCUAUGCAGAGAGUCACUCGCUAUCCUCUUAUCAUUAAAAAUAUUCUCGAGAACACCCCGGAAAGCCACCCGGACCACAGCCACCUGAGGCAGGCUCUGGAGAAGGCCGAGGAACUCUGCUCGCAGGUCAACGAAGGCGUGCGCGAGAAGGAGAACUCAGACCGCCUGGAGUGGAUACAAGCGCACGUGCAGUGUGAGGGUCUGUCUGAGCAACUGGUGUUCAACUCGGUGACCAACUGCCUGGGCCCUCGCAAGUUCCUGCACAGCGGGAAGCUCUACAAGGCCAAGAGCAACAAAGAGCUCUUUGGCUUCCUCUUCAACGACUUCCUGCUCCUGACGCAGAUCACCCGGCCGCUGGGCUCCUCGGCUUCCGACAAAGUGUUCAGUGCCAAGUCUCACCUCCAGUAUCGCAUGUAUAAAACGCCCAUCUUCCUGAAUGAGGUUUUGGUGAAGCUCCCUACUGAUCCCUCUGGAGACGAGCCCAUCUUUCACAUAUCUCACAUAGACAGAGUGUACACCAUACGAGCAGAGAGCAUCAAUGAGAGGACCGCAUGGGUGCAGAAGAUCAAAGCUGCGUCUGAGCUCUUUAUUGAGACGGAGAAGAAGAAAAGGGAGAAGGCUUAUCUGGUGCGGUCUCAGAGAGCUACAGGCAUCGGCAGGCUGAUGGUCAACAUUGUAGAAGGAAUUGAGUUGAAACCCUGUCGAUCCCAUGGUAAGAGUAAUCCAUACUGUGAGGUGACGAUGGGCUCUCAGUGUCACAUCACUAAGACGGUGCAGGACACACUAAACCCCAAGUGGAACGCUAACUGCCAGUUUUUUAUUAAAGACCUGGAACAGGAUGUCCUGUGUGUAACUGUGUUCGAGAGGGAUCAGUUCUCACCUGAUGACUUCCUGGGCAGGACAGAGAUUCGGCUGGCGGACAUUAAAAAGGAUCAGGGUUCGAAAGGUCCGAUCACUAAAAGGCUUCUCCUACACGAGGUCCCAACCGGAGAGAUCGUGGUCAGACUUGACCUGCAGCUAUUCGACGAACCCUGACCCUCGUGAACUUUGACCUCCUCCACCUUAGAUUUCAUACUUCCUCCCGUACUGUGUUACCAGCCUAACGUGACAAUCCCACACCUCGUCCACGUGUGUGUGUGUGUGUGUUAGAGAGAGGGGAGGUACAAGAGGAUAGAUAUCAGUUUCUGAGUAUGCUGUAACAGUCUUAAGUCAUCUUUCACUUUUUGGGGGGGGGGGUUUCUCUCAUUUUUUAUCGAUUAUAGAUGUGUAUUAAAGGGAUGCUUAAAGCGUGUCUCUAAAUAUAACUUCUAUCCAGUGUGGGUUGGGUACUCGCAAGAUUACACAAGGCAGAAGGUCUGGUGUGAUUUUCUGUAGUGAAAAUUCUAAGCUCACUGAGAAUGGAAGUAAAAGGCCAGCUGUUGAUUUAAAAUUUUACAACUGUAGUCAUUAUAGUCGAAAUAAAGGUUUUUAAGAUAAAAUUUAAUUUUUGACGAGAAAACGAUGCAAAACAAAACCUGUUUAAACUUUUUUUGGGGGGAGGGGAGUUUGUAAAAACAAUUUUCACAACGAGCAGAGCAUAUUCAUCUUCUUGUGCACGGGGAGCUCUAAGCCAUAACCUCAACCCCAACAAUUUUGAGCUGAAGUGGAAAACAGACCGCACCGCACACUGCAAGUGCCUGAACUUACUAGUGCUCUUGUAGCUAAAUCCUUCGGCACUCAGAAUAGUCAUUAUAACAGCAGUAAAGUACGAUUUCAAUGCAUCUUCUUAUUUAGAGUGUAGAAUCACAAUAAAUAACAAAACCAUUAAGAUUACACGCACACUGUCCUUAUCUCUCGCGAGUGGAGGCUAAUUAUGAACUGGAGUGACAAUUUAAUUUCUACCAUUUUUUUUUUUUUACUGGUUUCCCUAAUCACAGUAUAAAGGUUCAUACUGGGAGCACUAUAACAAAAUGCAGAUAGUGUUCCCGUGUCACAUUCCACAUGUCUAUUACUUAAAACUUUUCAUUCCGCUGCACAGCACUAAUUAAGACUUAAGACUUUAUAAAAUGUGUCUUUCACAUUAACCUUAAUUGUCCCAACACCUGCCCUUGUACUUCCAUAAUUAAACUUCCAAGUGAGAUUUUUUUUGGUUUUGUUUUUCUCACUAUAGUGAAAGAUUUUAAAAUUCUAAUCCGUGACACAGACUACAGAUUUGUUGGAUAGAUAUUAUGUUGUUUUGGAUUCUGGAUUACGCAUUGAAUUAAACGUUGAAUUUAUAGAGUAAUGAAGGUUUUUAGGAAUAAACAUUUGCCUAAAACGAACUGCAGUCUCAACUAUAAGAGCUCACAAAACAAGAAUUAUAUCGUCAAAGCUCUGUUUUGCUAUUUGUUCUUGAGCAAAUAUUGCAGUCGAGUGCUUUUAUUUUGUAGCCGGCACUCCCAGUUCCGACUGAGAAUUUAUUUUAGAGCGAAUGAAUCUAUUGGAUGCAAGUUCAAGUCCAGAAUGAAAAAUAAAUAAAUAUCACGAAGUCUAAAGUUCAAGGGAAGGUUUAAAAUUGCUUUGAGUUCUAGAAUAAUAAAGAGGGAGAGAUGUUCUGGAAUUAAUUCCAUAUCACUGAGAUCACGCAAAAGAAUGAAGCACUGCGUCUCCUGUUAAAGGCACGAAAAACGAAGGUGUAUAAUGUGUUUUUGUUUAUUAUUUAUAUAAAACUUUGAAACGUUUCACUCCAGAAUUUUGCUGUAUUUUAUUUUAUUUUUGUCCGCAAGAAAGAUUCCACGAACACUCCAGGCUUAUUUUCCAAUAUAUUUAUAUUGUGCUGUUUUUUCUUUAUUCAUAUUCCAAAAAAUGUGUCACAUAAUCAGCAGGCUGGUUUUGGGGAGAAAAAAAACACAAUCAUGCUCUGAAGUAAUCAUCGAUAUUGAUCUGUACGUGUAUUUUAAUUCCAUGAUGCUUCUUUUUGGGGUGGAGGUUUCUCAAGGGUUCUCUGGUUCUUCUUUUGGUUAAUGACCUAGACCUUCAAAUUCUGAAGGUUAAGUGUGAGGGUGAAGUGUAAAGGCUGGUGAAUAUUUGAUUAACAAAGUGACCAAGUCUUGAUUACUGAAGUUAAUUCCUUUACCAAGUUUAAACUUUUUUUUUCUUUCCUUUUUUAACGUAUUGUAGAAAUACCACUGGAAUUUAAUCCUUAGAGCUACUAUUAUUGCUUAAUGCAAAAUUAUGUUUCUCCUCUAAUCUAAUAGUGUCAAAUACUUCUGAAAUGCUGUAAAUCCAGAGCCAAUGAUAAGUACAGAAUUGUUUUUGUCUUACCGUCUCUUUUUAUGGGUUUAAUUUUACUACACAAAGUAAGCUAUUUAACACUGAGUACUAUUUAUGAUCAAUUUUUUAUUACUAAUGUGUUUACUUUGUUUUUGUAGAUGUUCCUUUUACUGUCCAGUCCUUCCUUUAAACGAGUUCUCCUUAGAGCGUAGCAGUUAGAUGGUAGAGGGUAACACUGUAAUUGGAUUAUAUUUGUAAAGAUGAGAAAUAUCAGGUUGCAUUUUUUUUUUUUUUUUUUGGUGUUUUGUUUGUUUGUUUUUUGAGCUGUAAAUGGAAUAUAGUGGGACAGAGCAGAAGUAUAGGGAAUAGGGGAAGUUUUAUUACAUAGAAGUGAUGUGUAUAAAUGGUUUAUUUUCAAGAGAUCAGGACAGGAUUAAUUUUUUUCCCACAUUGUGUUUUCGUUAAGGGGUAAAAAAAAAAAAAAAAAGCACUGAUUUUUCAAAAUAUAUUUCUACAUUUCAUUUUCAUUUCAUUUUAGAUACGUACAUGGGGUGAAAAUGGUAGCAUUACUAAGCUGAAAAGAGUGUGUGUGAAGAGUGUGUGCGCGCACGAUUGGGGUGAAUAUUUUGUUUAGAGGACAUUGAAGGGUUACCUCUUUCUCCUUCUCAUCUCUCUCUCUCUCUCUCUCUCUCUCUCUUUCUCCCCCUCUGUACAUUAUGAUCCUGUAGGCUCUUCCCCUGUAUUUUUUACCGAGUCCCAAUGAGUCGACGGUACUGUACGUGUUUGUGUUUAAAUCUUUGAAAGAAGUAUACAGUAAUAUAUUACGACUUGAAAAAUAAUUAUGUUGAUGACAGCCUAUUGUUAUCAAUGUAGACGCAGUGUAUUGUCUUAAACGUUGCAAUUAAAGCUCAGUUGGACCAAUAAAUAAUGACUGUGCUGUGUUUCAUCUUAAACUUAUUAUCCUAUUGUUUGUGUGCGGUUUAAGGAAGAGAAGAAGAUUGGACGCUGUUAUAAAAGCUGUUUUACAUUGUGUGAGGAGUGAAGGUUUUCUUACAGGUAUUUAAAAAGAAAUAGAAAAAAAGAAACUAACUACCAUUUAUGUAAAUUUUUUGCUGUUAUUGUGUUAACUAUUAUUUUCACUGGGGAUAAUGAAGCUUUUGUUUUUGCCCAUGGUGGUGCUUUGCUCUGCUACACUGAUGUCGUUAUACACGCGUUUCACUAGUGCGUGGAUACCAUCAAGGUAGAAAGUUUUCUCAGUGAGCCAUGAUCGGACUGGCCACCCAGGAACUCCUUUAAUGGCCCAAAAAUGUGGAAAAUGCUUGGAGUGAGGUUAGGACGGUAUAGGUGAUGUUGCAAUAACUUCCAGUUCCUUUAAUGUGCAAGUAAUGUUCAUGAAUAAUUGUAUGUACAGUUCUAUCACAAAAGGACACGUCUCUUCCUCCAGAUGG